ACUUCAAGAUGAUCGGUGAAAAAGCAGAAUCGCAGCAUAGCUGAAAUCCGAUUUGACGACUCCAUCGGGUCAUUCGAUGAGUCACGGGGGAUGUCACGGGAGUCGUAGAGUCGAUACCUGUGAGACAUGAAGCGCGGGCUAGUCGCCUGCCUUCUGCUUCAGCUCUUCUCCCUUCGGAAUUCGUUGGAGGCUCGGAUUCAUCGCGAGGGAGAGGGAGGCAAGAAAAUCCUCUGGGCGGUCAUGGUCCAUGGCGGAGCUCACGUGAUCGUAGGAAAAAAGAUCGCAGAAAAGCUGGAAGAAAAGGGACACAAGGUCACGCUGCUGGUAUACGAUUCCGACAAGGUCGACACGACGAGCCUGCAAAGAUACAUCCAAGUCCGGGGAAGGAACGACGACGGUAGCAUAUGGUUGGCCGACAAGAAUGGAAAAUUCCUUCAUGACUACGCGGCAAUCUGGAGUGAUCAUAAAAUAGAAUUUCAGACCAGCAUUCUACUUUUCCUGCAAACGCCAGAAUUCAUGUGCCGAGCCGUCCUUGACAAUCCGAAAGUAAUUGAACGGAUCUCCCGAGAGAAAUUCGACUUUGCCAUCGUGGAUUACACGAGCAACGGAUGCAUCUAUGCCCUCAUGCACCAUUUCAACAUUCCAUAUGCCAGCGUGAUUUUAUCCAAGGGAUUCGACCAAACUGUGUUUCCUCAAAAUCCGGCCACAGUCGGCGUCCUGUUAUCCAGAUUAAAUGAACCCAGCAAUGUGUUCGAAAGGGCAUUCAAUCUCGUUGCUUUCGUCAUAUCCAGACUCGGAACUGAAAUACAUCAUUGGGUGAGUUCUUUCCAUAUUUGGAGACGAAUUCCGGACUCCCCUUCGUUGGGACAACUAAUCGACAACAGUGAGCACAUAUUCAUCCUACACGAUUACUUUGUGGACGAGACGAAACGAUUCCCCGCUGAUGUUUCUUUGGUCGGCUGCUACACGUGUCGCCCUCCAAAACCACUAGAGACAGAUCUCCAAACGUUCAUGGAUGAGGCCAAGAGUGUCGUGAUAAUCUCUUUCGGGUAUUCCUACACAAAAUCUGGAAUUUUCCCAGAUAGGCUCUGGAAUGGGAUCAUCGGUAUGGCAAGGAAUCUUUCUGAUCGAGGUGUCAAAGUCUUGAUGACUUUCCCGGGGGAAUUUGGCGAAUGUCCAGGAAACAUGAGAGUUGAGUCGUGGCUCUCCAUGAUGGAUGUCUUGGGACAUCCCAAGACUCGUGUGUUCAUCAGUCAAUGUGGAGGAGGGAGCGUGAUGGAGUCCCUAUAUAAUGGAGUUCCCAUCGUCGGGAUUCCCCUGUUCGGCGACCAUUUCGAGAUGUGUUCUCUUUUGCGAAGACGAGGUCUCGGGCACACGUUGAACAAGGCGAACGUGGAUGCCCACAUUCUCUCCGAGAUGAUUGUGAAUAUCCUGAAAGACCGUGACUUGGAAAAUCGUGUAAAAAAUGUUUCCUCCUUCAUGAAGGACAUCUCCACCAUUUCCUUCCAGAAAAUCGCAGAACGCAUCGACCACAUCGCUCAUCAUAACAGUCAUACUGAUGGCUUUCGGCUGCAUACAUUAAGCUACCACGUUUGGGAAGUAAACGAUGGGAGUGAGGACACCAAAGCCAACACCAAGGACACCCUCGGUUCUAAAGGCCAAUCGGCACCCUGCGCGGACGCACUGCUCGCAGCGGCCUCGGUACAGCUCUGGGAGAGGGACACCCUUCGCGACUGCGAGCAGCACUGGGUCGUCUGCAUUCGCCUGCUGCAGGUGCCAGGGGGAGAGGCAGGUGAGAGGAUUGGCGGAUCUGGAGCUCACGUGAUCGUAGCAAAACAAAUCGCGGAAAAGCUGGAAGAAAAAGGACACAAUGUCACGCUGCUGGUCUACGAUUCCGACAAGGUCAACACGACAAGCCUGCAAAGAUACAUAGGAGUCAGAGGAAGAAACGACGACGGCAGCCUGUUGUUAGCCGACGAGACCGGCAAAUUCAUCUAUCCCUACGCUGCAAUAUGGAGCGAAUCCAAGCUGGAAAUUUACAACAGUCUCCUUCUCUUCCUCCACACGCCGGAAUUCAUGUGCCGAGCCGUCCUGGACGAUCCGAACGUGAUCGAACGGAUCUCUCGAGAGAAAUUCGACCUGGCCAUCGUGGAUUACACGAGCAACGCAUGCAUCUAUGCCCUCAUGCAUCGACUGAACAUUCCUUAUGUCAGCGUGUUUUUAUCCAAGGGAUUCGACCAGACUGCGUUUUCUCAAAAUCCGGCCACAGUCGGCGUCCUGCUGUCUAGACUAAGUGAACCCAGUAACAUGUUCGAAAGGGCGUUCAAUCUCGCUGCUUUCAUCGUAUCUAGACUCGGAACUGAAAUAUAUCAUUGGGUGGGUUCUUUCCAUAUUUGGAGACGAUUUCCCGACUCCCCUUCGUUGGGACAACUAAUCGACAACAGUGAGCACAUAUUCAUCCUACACGAUUACUUUGUGGACGAGACGAAACGAUUCCCCGAUGAUGUUUCUUUGGUCGGCUGCUACACGUGUCGUCCUCCAAAACCUCUCGAGACAGAUCUCCAAACGUUCAUGGAUGAGGCCAAGAGUGUCGUGAUAAUCUCUUUUGGAUAUUCCUACACAAAACCUGGAAUUUUCCCAGAUAGGCUCUGGAAUGGGAUCAUCGGUAUGGCAAGGAAUCUUUCUGAUCGAGGUGUCAAAGUCUUGAUGACUUUCCCGGGGGAAUUUGGCGAACUUCCAGGAAACAUGAGAGUUGAGCCGUGGCUCUCCAUGAUGGACGUCUUGGGACAUCCCAAGACUCGUGUGUUCAUCAGUCAAUGUGGAGGAGGGAGCGUGAUGGAGUCCCUAUAUAAUGGAGUUCCCAUCGUCGGGAUUCCCCUGUUCGGCGACCAUUUCGAGAUGUGUUCUCUUUUGCGAAGACGAGGUCUCGGGCACACGUUGAACAAGGCGAACGUGGAUGCCCACGUCCUCUCCAAGAUGAUUGUGAAUAUCCUGAAAGACCGUGACUUGGAAAAUCGGGUAAAAAAUGUUUCCUCCUUCAUGAAGGACAUCUCCAUCAUUUCCUUCCAGGAAAUCGCAGAACGCAUCGACCACAUCGCUCAUCAUAACAGUCAUACUGAUGGCUUUCGGCUAGAUGCAGUCAGUUACCACGUUUGGGAAGUGUAUAUGCUAGACCAACUUCUA